AUGGCAAGAACUCCAUCAAUGCCAAUAAGUACAACAACUGAACAGAUAAUUCCACUUGAAAAUCGUCCACCAAUUAUGGCAACAUUUAUAUCAUUAUAUGCACUUAUUUUUUUCUUUGGUAUAUCUGGAAAUGCUCUUGUAAUUUUUGUUGUUUGUCGAAAUAAAGCCAUGCAAACUGUUACAAAUGUAUUUAUAACGAAUCUAGCACUUUCCGAUAUUCUAAUGUGUUGUUUAGCUGUACCAUUUACGCCAAUAUCAGCCUAUGGACAUACUUGGCAUCUUGGUAGAAUACUAUGUCAUUUAGUACCCAUGUCAUUGGGUAUAUCAGUUUAUGUGUCAACAUUGACUUCUCUAGCGAUUGCUGUUGAUCGUUAUUUUGUUAUAGUACAUCCAUUUCGUUCUCGUAUGCGUUUAGGUGUCUGUAUAUUAUUAAUUAUUGUUAUAUGGAUCGUUGGUAUUUCGAUAUCUUUACCUUUAGCUAUUUAUAUGCGAUUUGAUCGAACAAAAUGUGAAGUAGGUUCAGAAUAUUGGCCACAAUAUACAUCAAGACGUUUUUUUAAUUUUUCGUCAUUAGUUUUACAAUAUCUUAUUCCAUUCUCCGUUAUAUCAUUUAGUUAUUAUAAAGUAUGGGUUGCACUUGCACGCCGUUCAUUACCAGGUCGUACACGAAUACGUGAAGAAGUUGAACUUUGUCGUAAAAAACGUACAAAUCGUAUGUUAAUUGCUAUGGUUGUUAUAUUUGCUAUUUGUUGGUUACCAUUAAAUAUUGUUCAUAUGGUUGCAGAAUUUCAUCGUUCAGACUUAAAUCAUUAUAAAGUUUUAUUUUUAAGUACACAUGUUAUAGCAAUGUCAUCAACAGUUUAUAAUCCAUUUUUAUAUUCAUGGUUAAAUGAUAAUUUUCGUAAAGAAUUUCAACAAAUAAUUCCAUGUUUAUUUAAAAUAUGUUCAUGUUUUAAUCAAGAUAGAUUAAACACUAUGCCUAUUACUACAACAGGUGAUGGAGAUACUUAUACUGAUCGUCCAACAACAUAUCAUAUGCCAAUGGAUUUAACAUCAAAUGGUAAUACAAAUGGUUUUACAAUGAAAAAGCCAAAUUUAGAAAAUAUUCCAUUAACAUCAAUCAAGCAAAGUCCAUCAAUAGAAGACCCAUUACUUAUGUCAAAUAAUCCAACAACAAUGAAUAAGAAUUUCAAUCAUAUUUAA